AUCCGGGUACGUCAAUACAAGUCAAUAUUUAUGUGGACCUGCAUUUUCUUUCUCCGAGUUCUCUGCCAUCCACUGGUUCCCUGGGCUUUCUUCAUCUGGGUCGUUCCAACGGUGUGAGAACGAGUGGAACCACAUCAGACCCACCACACGAAUGAACGAACCCACACGCUGGCGAGCUCCUCGCGAGUUCCUCAUGAGUGGAUGGCAAAGGAGAAGGAUGACCUUGUCGGCUGUACCGGUCCGUUAGUUGGAUGUGGGCGGGUGGACUAACGGAGAAUCAUGGUCCAAUGGUCCGAUUGAAGUGGAAUUGCCAUGGAACCUCCUCCAUGAAGAGGAAGACAAAAUUGUCAAGACCAAAUCCUAAUGUCGCUUGGAUUGAUGAGGUCAAGAAUUGAGCUUCGCACGCUUUGAUGUGGAUACUAUGGCCGAUUCGUUACCACCAGAUCAACUUGAACUGGGUGAUGAGGAGGACGUGGUUUGGGAGGGAUCGCCAUUGCACGACUACCUCUGUCAGGAAGGAUUGGCAUCGGACAUCACAUCGUACGCUAGCCCGUCGACUUCGUCUUCAUCUGGAGCACUACCACUGGUGCCAAAUCGAAUGGCUACCAGCCGUGGAUUGUCCAAUGUCCAGUGGCCGCAGGAUGUGAGCCGGCAAGAGCUGGAGGUUGAGGUGGCUCAAAAGCUAUUAUCCAGUGAGCUUUUGGUGCAAGAGGAUGAGGAUUUCAUUUCAAACUUCAUCUUGACCGAUGAGGCCUUGGCGGCAUUAAAGAAAAAGUCCAAUCAUCCUCAGGGGCGUUCCUUUUUGGGCGAUGCCUUGUUAUUCUCGGGAAGUCUGGUGGCUGUGGCUGGAACGGUGCUUUAUUUGUCAGAACGAACCAGGUUGGCCGCUACGGCUGCGGCCAUUCUUCCAACCGCCUUGGCUGCUCUCUCAUCGGCGCGGAGCUCUAAAUCGGAGACCCACCACAAGGAGCAGGAGCAGCAUUUUCUCAAACUUAUAGAGCAACUUCUUUCCGAUAUGAAGAUGUUUAAGCAAUUGGUACGGAAGUCCCUCAAUCUUUUGCAAGGUAUGGAGCUCAUGCAUUCCGGCUACAUGUUUGCCGUGAAUUCAUCCACUGGAGGAGCCGCUGGUACAUCCAAUGGAGCUAUGGAUCCUUGUCCAGCCAAGGAAGACUCGCCGUUAACGAAAGCAUUGUCAGAACGGGCUAGCUUUCCUGCUCUACGAAAGGCCGUGUACCAGAGUGCCAGAGAUAUGAUCAGAUCUUAUCGGGAAGCCGUAACCAGGCUUAUGGAAAUCGGUCCUUUGGCCGAUCAUGUUGAUUUGAAGGAGCAUUAUAUCGCCUUUAUUGACCUCGCUCACUUUGGAAUAGAAGAGGGGGAAGACAUCCCCGAUGACUGUGUCAGUGUGAGAGCCUUGAAAGAUGUCGUCCAAUUGACUUUGAUCCAGCAAUCCGAAUAUCUACGUCGUUUCUCCCUUGCGUUCUGUGAAAAGGCGCGUGAAGAUCAUAAAUUGGAUGAAGUUGGAGUGGUAUCACAAGUGAAGAACUUGGUCAGCUCUAUUCGGAAGAUCAAUUCCAAAUUGGGUCAAGUCUUUGAUUACCACCAAGCUAUGGGCCUUUUGUCUGAGAAGAAGAGUAAAUCGCUCUUGCUCUCGCGGCGUCAAAAGAUUGAUCUGCUUCCGCUUCGGAGCAUCUACACAUCGUUAUUCAGCACUGGUUUGCACUUGCAGAACUCCCUUCUCAAGAUCAGAGAUCUUGAGAAGCAUUUUGAUCACUUAGAAAAAUCCAAAACACGAGACACAGACAUGUUUGCGGCCCUCUUGCCUUCCGAUGAACAUCUUCUUGAGUGGCUUAAAGGCUUUCAAGCUGUUCAAACCGAGCUAAAUGCUUGCGUGGGAUGUCUGGACGAGGGUGUGUCUCAAAUUGAUUUUCUACAAGCCAAAGACAAAGCCACACCAUCAAAGUUGACUCCUCAAAAUGAGCAAAAUCAGUCAAAUGUGGAAAAAGACACCCAAAAAGAAACCGAUAUCUUGGUCAAAAUGAGCGUGUCAACCUCCACCGAACCAGUUGACGAGGUUUUUGAGGCUGUGAUACCGAAGAAUGGGGUGGUGGACGAAAGUCAUUCCGAGGGAGAAGAUCCCAUUGUAACAUUGGAGAGAAAAAAAAAGAGUUUGGAACGAAUGCAAUCCGAUCGUGUCCUAGAUGAACUACGCCACGUGCUCGUGGAAAAGGCUGCCGAAAGAGAGCGUAGAGAGGCUUUGGCUUUGGCCAGAAUGAACGGGGACACUCAGGAAGAGACCGAUCGAGAAGACGAGGAGGUAGUCGUCAAAGUCCAGAAAUAUUGCAAACCAAAAUCAAAUGGGCACGUGGGAACUUGUAACGGAGCGAAAAGCCUUCUUAAACCCACUCCAGAUGCCUGGACUCCAAUAUCUGUGAAGUCUGAGCUCUUGCAAAAUGGCAUAUCCUCGGGGUUUGAUGACGAGUUUUGCCGGAAUGACUUCGACACUCUUCGAUCAAGCAAUGGUGCUUCGGCAAAGCAGGGAUCUCCCCGAGGGAGCGAAACUUCUACAUCGUCAUCCUCUGACCCUGCUACGGUCAGAUCAGUCCGAAAUUAUGGCAACGAGAGUCUCAGUAAUAGUAGCAGCAACAGUAGUUUGAACAAUUCCUCCCUCAACGAUUCAUCCAGUGACAGUGAGCUCGACGAAUUGUGGUCGUCCAAAAAAGCCAAGGGGCAAGGGAUUAGAAGACCUUUGCAACCUCGAACGGGUUCAAUGUCCAGUGGGCUAAAGGCUGCUCCAUCAUUAGGAUCCUUACCCAAACUCAAGGCCAUGAAGUCCAGUCCUCUAGAAGGCCCCGCUAGUAGUUGCAGCCUAGCUGAACUGCGUUGCCUCAGUUCUCCCGAUAUAACGCGAUUGGUGGAAGAUGACACGAGCAAUCCGUAUGUCAGUUUUGAAGACCUCAAGAGGAAUGCCAAAGCCAAGAUCACGAACUUAUCAGACUCAGACUCAGAGUGUGGGAGUGCCGACGAAAUGCAACAUAAAGUCCUGAAAACGUAUCGAAGACCACUCAGACCCGCUGCUCUGAAAGCCGCUCCUUCGAGAACUGAUUCAGGCCCACAAGCACUCAAGGUCAAAGCCAAAAGGCUGCGGAAUCGUACCAUCUCCCUUGAAAAGCAAGACAAUGGAGGAAGUGUCAACAAUGGAGAACUCAAUGGCCACUCACAGAGUGCAUAUGUGUCUAAAAAUCACUCUGAGAGCAACCCCUUGUUUCUUCCAAGCCGUCCUGUGGGCUUCAAUGCUAGUUUAGCGGCCCAAGCCGCGGCCAAGGCCAUGAAUGGAUUUAGUAAGGUGACAGGCUUGGGCGGAUCCGCCUUCGAAAAGCGGAAAGAAGAGGUGUUCGGAUCCGACUCUGAUUAGUAUUGUUACGUUGUUUUGUAGAGUUUUCUUGCAAUCUGUAAUAUCGUGGUUUACAUUCUCCUCUCCUUGACUCUCAUGUCUAACUCGUGCUCGCAAAUAUAGAAUCUAUGAAUCUGUUGUUAUCUUGUACCUCAGUGACCAUUAUUGACCGUCAAAUUUUACUUUUGUUUAUUCCUCUCCUAG